AUGGAAAAUUUGGCUAUCAAAUCCACCACCAUAUUCAAAGUAAAUGUGGCGUUACGUGAAUCAAAUCCAGAUGCUUAUACACCAAAGAUGAUCUCCAUUGGUCCUUACCAUAAAAAAUAUCAAGAACUUCACUCAAUGGAAAAGUACAAACUGUUAUACCUACGACGGUUUCUCCGGCGGAAAGAGGGGCUUGACGUGGAAAGUUGCAUCAAAGAAUUGGAGGAACUGAAAGAUAAAGCACUAAUGUGUUAUGAUGAAAUAGAGGACCUUAUUGAUGGUGACCACAACACUGGUCAAUUUUUGAAAAUGUUGUUAUUUGAUGGCUGUUUUUUGGUUGAGUAUAUUCGAGAGCGCUGUGGAAUAAAGCCAAUAGGAGAAGACAUGAUUAUACCUGGAGGUUGCCUAGAUAAUCAAGUAAGUCGUGACUUGUUGUUACUAGAAAAUCAACUUCCUUUCUUUGUCCUUACCAAACUUCAUGACAUGACAAAAGAAGAAACCGAUGAAUUACCAUUUACAAAAAUGGUUAAGUGGAUCUUUUUUCAUGAUUUACCGAAGCUGACCCCUGCAUCCUUUAAUGAGACUAUAAGUAAUGCCGUAGAAAUUAAGCAUUUACUUCAAGUAAUACACAUGUCAUGUCACCCUUCAGAGAUGAAAACUAAUAACCUAACUGGGAACAUUAGCAAGGAAGCAGAACAUUCCAGGAAAAGCUUAUGCUGUAAUCUUUUGCAAAUAAUUAGGUCGAAAGAAAUGCCAAGAGAUAAGGACAAGCUGACAUGGCAAGACAACAUGCCAAACGCUACAGAGCUUCACGAAGCUGGAGUUGGAUUUUCAAAA